UAUUUUUUCGUAGGGUUCAGUUCAAGUUCAAUGCUGACUUUGCAAACCCGAAAAUUUGCACAAACGAGUUUGGCAAUUUGUCUUGUGUUUGACGGGGUUUGUUUGUAUUUUUGCUUGAAGGACACUUUGGCCAAACACUACACUUUUUGGCUGUAUAAAAGAGCCCACUUUGAUAUCCAACGGCAUCAGUCAGUCGCUUAGCUUCAUUUCGAGUAGCCAACCGCAAAAUCCAAAACACCCAAACUCAACAUGUUCCGUUAUCUUGCCAUCUGUGCUUUCGCCACCAUUGUUGCUGCUGCUCCUGGUUUGAUCGAGCAACAUCAUGUGGUUGCUGCUGCUCCCGUUGUUGCCAAGGUUGGCGCCGUAGUGCACGCUGCUCCCUUGGCCACUUCCCACCAGAGCUUCACCCAGUUCCACAACCAGGCUGUGAUCACACCCGUCGUUAAGACCAUCGCUCCCGUUGUGCCCGUUGUGAAGACCGUUGCUCCCGUUGUUCCUGUUGUGCACCAUGUUGCUCCCGUUGUCCCAGUGGUGAAGACUGUGGCUCCAGUUGUGCCCGUGGUUCACCAGGUGGCUGCUCCCAUUGUGCCCGUUGUCAAGCAUGUGGCUCCAGUUGUGCCCGUUGUCAAGACUGUCGUCGCUCCUGCUGUGCACCACCAGACCUAUGUGGCUCCCGUUUCGGUUGUGAAGACCGUGCCCCACGCUGUCUCUCACCAGAGCCACACCCAGAUCCACCAGAAGGCCAUCUACACCCCGGUUGUGGCUCCCGUUGUCAAGACCAUCGCCACCCCCCGUUGUGCCUGUUGUGAAGCAUGUUGCUGUUGCUGCUCCCGUUGCUCAUGUCUACCACCAUUAAGAAACUUAUUUAUCGAUGCAGCGAGUUGUUGACUAUUUCAGUAAAUAAACGAAUGUUGA